AUGCAAAUAUACCUUACAAAAUCCACNUUCUAUCGUUCCAUAGUAAGUUCAGACGAUGUUGAGAAUGAAUAUCGACUUCGAAAUCAACUGAUUUCUACUCGACUAUUCAUCUGUUUGUUGAUUUUCUCCGUAAUCAUUCUUCUUGUUUACACAUCUCAAGUGCCAGUAACCUACACAGUGACGAUCGAUCAACCUACACUUGAAGAUUAUGCAUCUCUUUAUGAAAAACAUUCAAACUCACUCAUUUGUCCAUGUACAAAAAUCGCUAUAGCUCAAGAAACGUUUAUGACACUAACUCCGAUAUUUCAUCAAGUUUGUCAUAGUGAUUUUGUCAAAAACAAUUGGCUAUCAUAUCUUAAUGCUGCUUCUGUUUAUCUGUUAUCAUCAGAUUUUCGAGUUACUGGAGGUUUAAUCUUUCAAAUUCUCACUUCAUUUUGUCAACUUGCUCAAUAUGCAAUUAAAAGUAGUUUACCAAAAUUUUAUUCCACCCGAUUUAUCUCAAACGAACUAGUAUAUGAAGAAUUAUUGUAUAAUCAAUCUAAAUCAUCUAUCGAUUUAUACAUAGCAGUUACUGCUGAACAUUUUGCUUAUUUAUUCAACCUCAUACGUGACAUAGCUUUUGGGAAUGGUCUGGUUUCGGGUUUACUUACUAACUUCGAUUUUGAAAUCACAGAAUAUAUCCCGCUAUUCUCCGGACACCGUGUAAUAUACAAAUCAAAGAUUUAUAAACACAUAUACACAUGUAACUGUUCUAUUAAUCCAACAUGCAUUUCUCCCGUAGGAAUAUAUGACAGUAUCACUGGUGACGUCUUGUUCGUCGUACCAGGACUUUAUACCGGCUGUUUGUUGGUCGAAGCUGUCCGUCAAUCGAAUCUCCAAUGUUUGUACAAUCAAACAUGCCUUGACCAAAUCGAUGUAUUUCUUCAAUCAUCUGUACCUUUUUAUGUUACACCUCUGAAUACAUCGAUUCCCAGUCGUUACAAUCUGACAACAAAUGUUAGCCAAGUCUUAGAGAAUCUUAUGAUUGAGUCAUGGAUAAAAAAUAUUUCCUACUCGUCGUACUAUAGCGAAUGCAAACCAAAUCAAUGUACUUAUACGAAAAUCGGAAAAAAUAAUGGUGUUUAUAUUGUCACGGCAUUGCUCGGUCUUUUUGGUGGUCUCUACAAAACUCUUUAUUUUCUCGUCCCGAUUCUCCUAAAGAUCAUACGACGUCGACGAGGUAAGUUGAUAGUUUGUUAUUAUCUUGAUUCAUUCGUUGACGGUUCGAUUUGUAUCUUAGUUCCUGAAGACAAUGCACGCUUUACUGAGAAAUUACAAAAUUUUGCUAAGAAAAUAUCUGAUUUUCUUCGAACAUUGAAUCUAUUUCCAUCAUCACCACCAUCAGCAGACGAAUAUCGAUUAAAAACGCAAAGAAUAUCCACAUUUACUUACAUUAUUAUGCUAUUAGCUAGCUUUUUCAUUCUAUUGAUACAUUCAGCGACACAAACUAUCACUCACACCACAAUUAUCGACAGUCCAUCCUUUAGUGAGUAUCAAAUAUUGUAUAACCAACAAGGAGAAAGGCUUUCAUGUUCGUGUUCAUCAAUUACAAAUGAAUAUGAAGACUUUUCAUGGAUUAAACCAAUCUAUCAUCCAGUUUGUACCAGUGACUUUGUUGAUGACGAUUGGGUCAAUUAUGAUGGUUCAUUUCGAAUGGAUUUGACUUCGUAUGACUUUCGUUAUCAAGCUGCAUUGAUAUUUCGUACACUGGCUUCAUUUUGCACACUUGCUAAUAAUUUUGUUUCUAAUUCGUUAAUCACUUUCAAUUCGACCGAAAUAGUUUCAAUUGAUCUACUUUCGGAAAAGUUAUUUCACGAAAAAGUUCAACAUUUCUUUAUGGAAUUCAUUCAAUCUACAACAAAAGCGUUCUCUUAUGACUUGAAUUUCAUUCGUUUAGUUAUUCAAUCCAAUUUGAUCAUCUCCGGAUUAAAUACAGACUCUGUCAGUUACUUUCACGGAACAUAUCCAGCACUUGAAUUAGGAGUGCAGUUAUUACCCUAUGCGACUGGUCGUUGUUUCUCAUCAACAAUGUGUUCAAUGGAAGCACCAAUAUACUUUUACAAUGGCACACACAUUCUGACGAUAUUCACAAUACCAGGAUUUCAUAUUGGUUGUUACAUUGACGAUGCAGUACGGAAAUCAACUUUAGAAUGUUAUUUCAAUCAAACGUGUGUCGAUUUAAUGAAAUUCCAUCUUAAUUAUAGUAAAUCAUUCGAAACAAAAUCUCUCAAUUCGAAUGAUAUUAAAACUCAUAAUGUAACAAGUACAGUCAAUGAGCUUUUUAAAAACGUUAUGGUUGAACAAUGGUUAUCGAAUAAGUCCUAUAAGAAUUACUAUGAAAAAUGUCGUCCAAUUUUAUGUUCGUAUGUGUUACAAAUAAGAACACCUUUUAUUGUCAUUAUCACUACCUUAAUCGGAUUUUUCGGAGGUUUAAUCAAAGUCUUACGGAUUAUUGUGCCAUUGGUUGUACGAUCUUUGAGACAUCGUCUACAAGUUCAAGAUUCACAACUUCGUAAGGCUUUAAGAAAAAUUAAUUGUGAACAAAUUUUGUUAUUCAUUAUAGAUUGGUCGAGUGUUCUACGACAUCUCUUACAAAAAGCUAUUCAUAGUAUAAGAUAUUUAAACUUAUUUCGUUCAAACAACGUUGAGAAUGGAUAUCAACUUCGAAAUCAACUGAUUUCUACUCGACUGUUCAUCUGUUUGUUGAUUUUCUCAAUAAUUAUUCUUCUUGUUUACACAUCUCAAGUGCCAGUAAUCUACACAGUGACGAUCGAUCAACCCACACUUGAAGAUUAUGCAUCUCUGUAUGAAAAAUAUUCAAACACACUAAUUUGUCCAUGUACAACAAUUGCCAUAGCUCAAGAAACGUUUAUGACACUAACUCCGAUAUUUCAUCCAGUUUGUCACAGUAUGUUUAUCGAUUCACGUUGGCGUACUGGUAUCGCAAACGCAAUACUACAAGUUGUUUAUACAUACAAUCGAGACUUUCGUUUACGAGGUUUGUCAUCAUUCAGUGCACUCGCAUCGGUCUGCUCUUUGGCUGAAAUCGACAUCUUCAAUGCACUUCUGCAUUUCAAUUCGACUACAUUCAUUUCAAACACUCUUUUAUCUAAAAGCACAUUGAUUGCACAAGCAAAUGCCAAUCUUGAUUUGUACGUCACUUCAAUGGCAUACAGUUUUAGUCGUUCAUUUGGAAUUAUUCGAGAUACAAUCCAAGGCAAUGGUUUUAUCUCAUCAACAUUAUCUAGUAUUACUCUUCGUUUUAUCUUAAACAAUAGAACAAAUACAGAUGGUUCUAUCGGAUCAAUAAGUCCUCGUUACAAAACCUAUAAUAACGGUACAAACAUAUGUUCAUGUCAUGAUUCUNUUAUCUAUUGUAAUGUCAAUAGCACCAUUGGAAGUAUGAUGGUGAAAGCAAUGAUAGAAAAAUGGAUUAGCCAUGUUAAUUAUACGAAUUAUUAUGAUCAAUGUCAUCCGAUCUAUUGUAAGUACACGUAUGUAAAGCAAAAUGAUAUAAUAUAUAUAUUUACAAAAUUGUUUGCUUUAAUCGGUGGGCUUGCGAGUAUAUUUCAACUCUUGAUUCCGUACUUUAUCAAAUUAGUGAGAUACGUUAUGCGCAAAUGGCGACAACGACGUGUUGCAACGAGUCUCGAAAAUUGA